UUUCAGCCGGUCGCCAGCACCCGCACGUCCACCCAACUGCGUAGUCGCGACCGGAAGCGCUUGGGUUGGUAACAUGGCGGCGUCCGCGAGCGGCCUGGGCGGUGGUGCGGGCCCAGGGCCUGAGGCUGGGGACUUCCUGGCCAGGUAUCGCCAGGUGUCAAACAAACUGAAGAAGCGGUUCCUGCGGAAGCCGAACGUGGCGGAGGCCGGCGAGCAGUUCGGACAGCUGGGCCGCGAGCUGCGUGCUCAGGAGUGCCUGCCAUACGCGGCCUGGUGCCAGCUGGCGGUUGCGCGCUGCCAUCAGGCGCUCUUCCACGGGCCCGGGGAAGCUCUGGCGCUCACGGAGGCCGCCCGCCUCUUCCUGCGGCAGGAGCUCGACGCGCGCCAGCGCCUCGUCUGCCCCGCCGCCUACGGGGAGCCGCUGCAGGCUGCUGCCAGCGCCCUGGGUGCCGCUGUGCGCCUGCACCUUGAGCUGGGGCAGCCGGCCGCCGCCGCCGCCCUCUGCCUCGAGCUGGCUGCCGCCCUGCGCGACCUGGGUCAGCCGGCCGCCGCCGCCGGCCACUUCCAGCGCGCAGCCCAGCUGCAGCUGUCCCAGCUGCCCUUGGCCGCGCUGCAGGCGCUUGGCGACGCCGCCUCCUGCCAGCUGCUGGCGCGCGACUACAAUGGCGCCUUAGGAGUCUUCACGCGCAUGCAGCGCCUGGCGCAGGAGCAUGGCAGCCAUCCGGUGCAGCCGCCGCCGCCGCCGCCGCCCCCACUGCAGCCACAGUCUCAGGUACAGUCGCAGCCACUAGGCCUCCAGCAUGGGCCCGGCGCGGCCCCCGCCCUGCAGGCCUCGCUGCUCCCUCCGAAUGCCGGCUCUGUGGCCGUGCCCUCUCCCGCAGUACUGGGCGCCUUCUCGGACGUCCUGGUCCGCUGUGAGGUGUCUCGCGUGCUGCUGCUGCUGCUCCUGCAACCACCGCCCGCCAAACUCCUCCCAGAGCAUGCUCACACCCUGGAGAAGUACUCCUGGGAGGCUUUCGACAGCCAUGGGCAGGAGACCAGUGGCCAGCUUCCCGAGGAGCUCUUCCUGCUGCUCCAGUCCUUGGUCAUGGCUACCCACGAGAAGGACACGGAAGCCAUCAAAUCGCUGCAGGUGGAGAUGUGGCCACUGUUGAGUGCCGAGCAGAACCACCUCCUUCACCUGGUUCUGCAAGAAACCAUCUCCCCCUCAGGACAGGGGAUCUGAUGGUUCACAUUAACCAAUAGACUUUCUGCCUGUUACCAGAUCUCAUGCAUCUGCCUUUGCAUUGGGGGGCGGGGAAAAUAAAAUAUAUUGAUCACAGCAGUUCUACCUUUGUUCAGCGUAUUCCUCUUGCCACCAUAGGAAUUUAGUUGACCAAAAGUUAACUGUAUCUCAAAGACUUAUUUCCAUAACAGUGGGAGAAAAAACAGUAUGACAGGAGAGGAAUAGAACACAUGGCUCGCUUCCUCACAAGUACAUAAAAAUGAGAAUUCUUUUAUCCCUUUUCUCUUUCACUCAAGUUGCCCCUCCUAUCCCCCCCCCCCCCAAUCCUUGUUUCAGUGUCAGGAUUUUAUUUUGCACAACUGUCUAAAUACUUAAGCUGUAUGAUUUUUUUAAAUUGUGACUAAUUUCUUGGCAUAUUUCUAUAUCUGGCUAUGUGAUCACCAAGUUCUUUGUUUUAUCUGCCCCGUAUGUAUUCAUAGGAAUACA